AACUCCUCUCCGGUCGUUGCUCUUAUCUUAUCCCAUCACCCAUUUCUUCCUCUUCCCUCUCUCUCCCUCUCUCUCUCUCUCUUACAAGUUGCUGCUGAGUUGGUGUUUGUCCUUGUUCUUGGACGGACAAAUCCAUCUCCCAUUCGAGAUUUGCUCCGAGGGCGGCGCUGGCAUCAUCGUCCGGAUCGUCGGUUUCGCGGCGCAGACAUGUCGACGGCGGUGGCGGAGGCUUUCCAGUCCUACGGUGGGUUCCCCGGAUCGGGGAGGACCAAGGGGGACGCGCUGCUCGGCAAGAAGAUGAGCGACGGGUUCUUCAUCGAGGAGGAGGAGGAGGAUGAGGCGGAGGAGGUGCUGACCGAGAGCUCCUCCAUCGGCGCGCCGUCGCCGUCGAGCUCCUCCAUCGGCGAGGACUCCUCGUCGGAGGUUGGUGGCGAUGGUGAAGACGAUGAGGUGGAGAGCAAGCUCAAGGAGGAGCCCGGGCUCGGCUGCCUGGACGCCUUGGAGGACUCCUUGCCCAUCAAGAACGGGCUGUCGAGCUUCUACGCCGGCAAGUCCAAGUCCUUCACCAGCCUCGCCGAGGCGGCGGCGCGGGACGCCGUGAAGGAGCUGGCCAAGCCGGAGAACCCAUUCAACAAGCGCCGCCGCAUCCUGGCCACCUGGUCGCGCCGCGCCUCCUGCAGCUCGCUGGCGACGGCCACCUACCUGCCCCCGCUCCUGGCCCCCGACCACGCCCUCCCCGAGGGGGACGAAGGCGAGGAGGACGACGACUCCGACUCCGGCUCCGACGAGCAGCACCGGGGCAAGAACGGGUGGGAGGCGCCGGCAUUGCCGCCCCCGAGGCUCAGCGUGAACACCCAGACGGGCGCGGCGGCGGCCGCGAGGAGGGGCGGCAGCUUCAGGUCGCCGAGGUCCUACUCGCUGUCAGAUCUUCGGAACGGCGGCGAUGCCAGUUAUAACCAGUAGCUGCAAAUUCGCAGCCAGCCAGCCAGCCUUGGAUCGAUCCCCUCUCGUGUGUCCCGUAGAGCUGUUGUCACUGCUUACUCCUUAAUUAUAUACAUAAGUAAGUGAUCUCAAGAGCAUGUGUAAGUGUCCUAAGCUAAAUCCGAUGUGUUCUUGUAUCCAUCAGUUGGAUCCCGUUGACAUCACCCACCCCAUGUACGCAGGCAUGUAUGAACUGCUCCGGUGAACUCAUGCAACGCCCAUCAUUAACUAAUGAUGAACGAUCCUCAAGAUAAGAUUAGUUAGUACUCUGUAGUUAGUUCAAUGGCGUCGCUCCUGAUCCUUUCGUCCUGUACAAACAUAUAUACAAUUUGAUUUGCUGGA